UGAAGCAGGCAGGCAGGCUGCCGACUACAGGCAGUGAGUCCAGGUUUUGGGGUCAGGAACCGGUCUGACCAAAGAAUGGAGAGCCUGUGAGGACACUAGCUUUCAGGAAUAUGUGCUGUGGAGGAUGUACCAGUUAAACACGCUAAGACUCUCACAGAUCCAGCCAGGGAAUGUCAAGACAUGUUUCAGGUCAUAGUGAGUGCAGCUAAAGAUGUCCGAUAGUGUCGAUAUUGAAGAGAAACCACCUGCCCCCCCCUUGAGAAUGAACAGUAGUUCCCGUGACCCUUCUUCAGUGCACAGUUCUAAACCACUUCCAAUGGCUCCAGAAGAGAAAAACAAAAAAGCCCGUCUCAGGUCCAUUUUCCCAGGGGGAGACAAAACCAAUAAGAAGAAGGAGAAAGAGCGUCCUGAGAUAUCCCUACCUUCUGAUUUCGAGCACACCAUCCACGUCGGCUUUGACGCAGUUACUGGAGAGUUCACUGGUAUUCCAGAACAGUGGGCCAGGUUAUUGCAAACGUCUAAUAUUACUAAGCUUGAACAGAAGAAAAAUCCCCAGGCUGUUAUAGAUGUUCUCAAGUUCUAUGACUCCAAAGAGACCGUCAACAACCAGAAAUACAUGAGCUUUACAUCAGGAGAUAAAUCUGCUCAUGGCUACAUUGCAACAAAUACUCUGAAUCGCCUCCUGUCUUCCGGGCCACCUGUCAGCCUUAGAACCUGCAGCGCGUUAUUUGACAAGCAGAGUGCUAAGACAGCAUCUGAACCUCCUAUUGCACCACCGGUGUCUGAAGAGGAAGACGAGGAAGAGGAAGACGAGGAGGAAGAUGAUGAGGAAGAAGAUGAGGUUCCACCUAUCAUUGCUCCACGACCAGAACACACCAAAUCUAUCUUUACACGUUCUGUUAUUGAGCCGGCUGCACCUCUUGCUCCUGUCAAAGAGGUAACAACCCCUCCAGAGUCCCAGGUCCAGCCAGAGAACACGUCCAGCACACUGUAUCGUAACACUGACCGACAAAGGAAAAAAUCCAAGAUGACCGAUGAAGAAAUACUGGAAAAAUUAAGAAGCAUUGUUAGUGUUGGAGAUCCCAAGAAGAAAUAUACACGUUUUGAGAAAAUAGGGCAAGGGGCAUCUGGGACAGUAUACACCGCUAUAGACAUUGCCACAGGACAAGAGGUGGCCAUCAAACAGAUGAACCUGCAGCAGCAGCCAAAGAAAGAACUCAUUAUUAAUGAGAUUCUUGUGAUGAGGGAAAACAAAAACCCCAACAUAGUGAACUACCUGGACAGUUAUCUGGUAGGAGAUGAGCUGUGGGUGGUGAUGGAAUACUUGGCUGGUGGUUCACUUACUGAUGUGGUAACUGAGACCUGCAUGGACGAAGGACAGAUUGCCGCAGUGUGCAGAGAGUGUCUACAGGCUCUAGACUUCCUUCAUUCUAAUCAAGUGAUUCACAGAGAUAUUAAGAGUGACAACAUCUUGCUGGGCAUGGACGGAUCAGUGAAACUAACGGAUUUUGGGUUCUGUGCUCAGAUCACUCCAGAGCAAAACAAACGUAGCACCAUGGUAGGCACACCCUAUUGGAUGGCUCCGGAGGUCGUGACCCGGAAAGCCUACGGUCCCAAAGUGGACAUUUGGUCCUUGGGCAUCAUGGCCAUUGAAAUGGUAGAAGGAGAACCACCAUACCUGAAUGAGAACCCACUCAGGGCCCUGUAUUUAAUCGCAACUAACGGCACUCCAGAACUGCAAAAUCCUGAGCGGCUAUCAUCAGUGUUCAGAGACUUUCUUAACCGCUGUCUUGAGAUGGAUGUGGAUCGAAGAGGGUCGGCUAAAGAAUUGCUACAGCACUCGUUCCUGAAGCUUGCCAAGCCUCUCUCCAGCUUGAGUCCACUGAUUGUAGCCGCUAAAGAAGCCAUCAAGAACAGCAGCCGUUAGGAUGUUCCAUCAACACCACCUAGGACGUUCCAACACAUGCAAACAUACGCAAUCACAAAGACACACGCACACACGCUGCUUAAGGCGCCAGAGCUGAUGUGUGUAUAUGUGUGAUGGCACAAAAACACAAUAUCUGAAUUUGGACACGAACAGAAGCACAUGCUUACACAUGCACCUGCCCUUCUAAGGGGAGCUCUUCAAGGUCUCUGGCAUGGAGUUGUCCCUGCUGCCUGGACCCUCAGAUGUUUGGAACUGUCGCAUCAGCAUGCAACCACACCUCAGUGCACCUGGAGAGGAGACCGACAAAUUGGAAACCACACCUUUGGUCCUUCUCUCUGGAAUAAAAGAUGUGGAUUACAGUAGACCUCUAAAAUCAACCAACCUAUUCUCUUAUUUAACUAUUCUGAACUGACUUGGAUUACGAAUGACCAUCUUCGGGUUUAGCAGGGUUUCCCUGUAAUAAAUGUCCAAAGAUGGGCACCUGCAAAUCUCUGGAUCUCCUUAAAACAUCCGCAUGACUGUCUACUGCAGCUGUUCACAGCAAACUUUUCCUUCAUACACUGUGUGUGAGUGCAAAUCAGAGAGAGAAAGAUGGAGAGCAAAAUCACUGCAAGUGUAAAUCUCGCGAAAACAUGGUCACGUUUCACCCCAACACCAAAAGAUAUUUAUUUAUUUAUUUAUUCUUUCUUUUAGGCCCAUUAACGUUUGCAAUAGGCAACAUAUAUAUUUUUUCUUUUGGGGGGCGUAAAUGUGACAUUCGGUAGAUUCUGUGAGUUUCAUACACAUAGAAAUGGAUUUUCAGUUUGUUACUGUUUUAACACAGAUGUAAUAAUUUGAAGGAUGACAUAUUUGCUCAAAUCCACCCUUUCUCUCUUUCUCUCUCUCUAUCACAAUGGGUUGACAGACUGUUUUCUUGUGCAAUGCCUUUGCCAUAGGACACAGCAUCUAUGUUAUACUAUGCAUUUUAAGACCCAAUGCAAAAUGCCGAAACCAACCCAUGAAGAGCCAAAAGUAGAGUUGGCUUUUGUGUUAUCUCUAGGGCAUUAUAGAGUAGGAAAUCCUUGCUGGUUUUUCAUCAUUUGUUAACCACACAUUGUGCGAAUCUUUACAAUCAUUCAGAGACCAGUGACUGGUUGACAAUUUUUGCAUGGUAAAAAACUGUUCACAUAGGUUACAGCUUUGUUGUUGGUCUCGUCACUGCAUCUGUAUUUUCUCAUUUUAAAGGCCCUCUAGUUGGGUACUAAAAUAUGGCAGAAAACAUUUCUAAUGCAACACGGCACAUUUGCUGUGUACUUAAGAGGGCAUUGUUAAAAAAACUGGUUUCUGUGAUUCGUUUUCUCUAAAGUCAGCUACAUGCCCGAGAACGAAACAACUCUUGCUGAGAGAUAGUUGAACUUGUUGUCACACAUUUAUCAGCACAGUACGUAAAAUGGGGAAUGAACUAGCAAUGCAAUGGCCAACCAUUGUAUUCAACUUUGUAUUACGCUCUUAUUAGACGUUAUUUUUUUAUUGCAACCAUUUGUCCUGUGUGAAUUGCCCUUAAGAGAACGGUCUGUAAAUCCAACCCUACCAUUUGAGCACCUCAUGGGGUGCAACACACAUUGAUGGGGUGCUAUUUCUAAUGCCUUUUAAACAUUGUUCACAAUUUAAAAAUGUUUGAUUUUUGCUGAGGUCAUCCUUAAAAUCUCUCAUGGUUUACGAAUAGGGAUUCAUACAAUACAGGAGUCUUUGUGUAUGCCCUCAUAGAGGAUGUAGGUGUCUGAUAGAUUACCGUAUGUCAACUUUGUAUAUUUCUUUAUAAAUGAGUGUUUGGUGUGGAAGUUGUGCUAUGUUUGUGCGUAGUUACGAUAACCUUGGCCUGCUUUUAGUCUGUUUUUCAAAUCACUGUGAAAAUUCAGGAUAUUACAUUAGACUGCACCAACAUAAACAGACAUGUACACAAGUAGAUGUAGAACAGUAGUUUAGCAGACAACCGUAGGCAUCUAAAGGCAUGGACAGCAAUAUCUAAAUAGAGCUACUGCCGGCGUGUAUACCACAAUGGAUUUCACAACCCAACCUACGGCUAGUAUCAAAGCAGGCAAAUGGGAGUGUUGUUUUAUAGGCGAAACCAGUUUCAUGCAUGACAUAACUGAAUUACUUUCCUCCAGCUCUGGUUACCUUUGAUAAGUUAGCAUUACAAACAUUUGAAGAUGAUAUUUAAUGUACAUUGUUAUGUUUUUUGUUCUUUUUUAAUGAAAACCUUACAACAGUAAUAUUCAGGCUGCUCUUUGAUAUAUAUUUGUAAAUAUUGUGCACCCUUGUCCCAAGUAAUACAACAAAUCAGAAGUAUGAUGGAGAUGGUGAUGCAUAUCUCACAGAUCUCAUGACUGUAACAGAGACAUCACCAUUGCCAGGCUAAUGCACCCAUUACUGAGCGACUACUGCAACCUACCCUGAAAUACUGGAGCAGAUGCAAGGAGGAACACAUUCUUGUACACAAUGCAAAUUUAUUUAUAGCCCAUGGACUUUCUCAUCGAAAGACCCUUCGUAUUCAGUCAGGUCUUGGACCCGAAGUGAACUAUGAGCACAUGUAAAACGUAACGGAUGUGGAAAGCGCAAUGACUCACUCCAGGAUUCCUCUCGUCUCUUGUAAAUUCCCUUUUCUUCUGAAUGUGUGAAACCUGUACACGUGCUGUGAUGAAAUCCCUCUAUUGGUGUCUAAUUUGAGAAUGGAACAAAGACUGUAAAUGCUUACAAACGGUUUCUUUUUAAAUUAUUAUUCUUAUGACAUUUGAAAACUGCUGAUGUGGACCUGUGCACAUCUUAGCCAGUCCUAUCGUCGCUCUUUGAAAGAAAAACGAAAGGAUUAGAAGAGUAUGAAAAAAUGUUCCAGAGAGGUGGAGAACUAUUGUUUUGGAUAAGAUAUUUUAAAUUGUGGUUGAAGCAAUAGACUUUUUGAAUUCUAAGUUGUGCAUGGCUGUGUCUUGAGUGUAAAAUCAAAGAAAAAGCUACAGUUUGGGAACUGGACUGAAAUAUAAAAAAUAUAAUAAAAACAAAGAAAAAACAGGA